AUGUUACAAAAAGGGCUUUCAUUUGGGAUUUUGGGUCUCGCUUGGCUUGUUACCUGCUUUGCCACCAACUCAAACUCACUCCAGCAUGGCUCAGACCAGCUUGUCUUUACCUCUGGAGCUUUCAGUGACGCGCACAGCGACGUGGUGAUCACUCCAGACUUCUCGACAUACGUCGAAGAGCUUUUGAAGAAAGAGGGAGUGCCGGGUUAUGCAUUGGGCGUCAUUCACGCCGGGAGGAGCGAGUACGGAAUGUUCGGAAACCGGACGGAGGAUGGAGAGCCAGUCGAUGUCGACACACUCUUUGACCUUGCAUCGUGCUCCAAGGCAUUUCUCGCUGCGUCGAUGGGAAUUCUGAUGGACGACUACGCCCACAAUCGCAAUAGCACUCCUCUUCCUACCGACCUUGCGACAUUCGACUGGGACACAAAGGUUAAAGACUUGCUUCCAAAUGAAUGGAACCUCAUGGAAAAGUGGGCAAACGAGAAAGCCAGUGUGAAGGAUAUGUUAUCGCAUAUGAGUGGAAUGCCCAGACUUGUUUUGACGAAAGGGUCUGGUGCUUUCAGGCAUGAUCUUUCAUACGGACGCAAUGAUACAUUAGACGAUAUAGUCACAAACCUGCAACAUCUAAGGCCGGCUUUUGAGCUACGAGAGAGAUGGUCAUAUAACAAUCAAAUGUACAUGGUUGGUGCAUAUAUUGUCACCAAGUACACCAACGACUCCUACACAACCUUCGCUUCUAAUCGAAUAUUCAAACCGCUGAACAUGACAUCGACAACAUUCUCUCCCAACAAAGCCUUUGCGUCGGGAAAGCUUACGCAGAUGUGGACAGGCUUUGGCCGGCGAAUCCCAUUCUGGUUCACGGAAGAGAAUGUAGAGCUCAACGCUGGGGCGGGUGGCGUUAUUUCAAGUGUUGCAGACCUCGAUAAAUGGGUCCGCACCAUGCUCAAUGCCGGCGUGAAUCCCUCCACUAACGCAACUGUCAUACCUCAUGCCGCGUUUGAUGCGGUGACCACUGCGCACGCAGUCAGCGUUGGUAAGAGUCCGUCUCCCGAUGAGUCCAUUGAAGGCUAUGGGAUGGGAUGGUUCAGGCAGUCAUAUCUCGGUCGUGAGGUGAUUUCCCAUGAUGGAUCGAUCCCAGGCAUCUCGACGCGUAUCGCCUUCCUACCGUCCGACGGGCUUGGCAUUAUCACACUUGCUAACGCUGAUAACAAAGCGAAAGUCAAUGGAGAGGUGGUCAAAAAGGCCAUCCGGGAGGCUCUUGGUCUACAUGGUAAAAAGUCCAUGAAUAAGAGCCAGGCGGCGUCUUCGACCAAGCACGGAAAUCAUGUCCGCUCGCAGAACAACCCGUCUACUGCGCUGUCGCUUCCAAUUGCGAACUAUCCGGGUACAUACACCAGCAAAGGAUACGGCACAUUCACACUUUGCGAUGCCUCGGCGUCGGGAAAGAUAUCAUCUUACUGCGCGCAAGUGCUUUCGGAUUUUAAUGCUGUCGACUCUGUCACCACAACGCCGCGCAAUACAUCUCAUCAGCUCUUUGCCGCGUGGUCGCGUCUUUGGAGCUCGCACAUCCGCCUCGUACAUUCCGGCGGGGAUCGAUUCAAUAUCAGUCCCACUUCAUUGUUUCCAGACGGCUAUGGUAGAAAUAGAAGUGCUUUUGAGAAGACUGAACCAUUCAACAGCGCAAUGGCGGAGUUUGUUGUUAAAGAUGGUGGCGUCGUUGGGUUUGGAUGGGUUGGGACUGUUGAUGAUACCCCGAUAACGAAAAGGCAGAGACAAGGCGGAGGCGUGCAGAGUGAAGCUGAUGUUUGGUUUGAUAAGAUUUAA